AUGUGGAAAUGGAGCGUGUACAGGUGGGCGAGUGCAAGGGUAAAUUUUAGUGUUAACCAAAAGCGAUUGAGUUUGGUCAGUGCCGGCAACAAACAUUUAUCGACGGUGAGAAGUUCGCUGUCGAAGGUAAGAAAUAUAGGAAUUAUUGCCCAUAUCGAUGCAGGUAAAACUACCACGACGGAGAGAAUGCUUUAUUAUGCGGGAAUCUCGAAGCAUAUUGGGGACGUCGAUACUGGUGAUACGAUGACUGAUUUUUUAGAGCAGGAGAGGUCACGAGGAAUCACUAUUCAAAGCGCUGCAAUCUCAUUCCCUUGGAGAGAUUCUUUUGCAAUAAAUCUUAUUGAUACACCUGGCCAUAUGGAUUUCACGUUUGAGGUAAUAAGGGCUUUGAAGGUUAUCGAUUCAUGUGUAGUCAUUUUGGAUGCUGUCGCUGGCGUAGAGGCACAGACAGAAAAGGUUUGGAAGCAAAGUGAGUCGAAACCUAAAAUUUGUUUUAUUAACAAGAUGGAUCGAAUGGGGGCUAGUUUUAAUCACACAGUCAACGAUCUGAGGAAGAAAUUUAUGCAAGGAACGAUUAUUAAACCAGUACUAGUAAAUAUUCCUUAUUACAGGGAACAACCGGCUACCAACGAUUAUGUUUUCCAAGGUGUGAUUGAUGUUAUAAAUGGAAAACGGUUGAGCUGGAAUUCGGAGAAUCCUGACGAAAUUAUUGUGGACGAUUUGGACGGCACUUAUCUCGAACAAUGCAAUCGUUGUAAAGAAUCGAUGAUAGAAACUUUAUCCGAAUUUGAUGAAGACCUGGUCCAGCACUUCCUCGAAGAUGCGGAAGGUGAUUACUCUAAGGUUUCUGCACAAUCUUUGAAUGCUUCGAUAAGAAAACUUACCAUGCAAAAUAAGAUCGUUCCUAUUUUAUGUGGAGCAUCGUUCAAAAAUAUUGGUGUACAGCCUUUAUUAGAUGCUGUAGUUAAUUAUCUCCCUUCACCCAUCGAGGCCGAGCCACCAGAGCUGAACGAUAAAACUGUUCUAAUGAAGUAUGAUCCUAAAGUUGGAUGCCUAAUAAACAACAACAAAAAUCUUUGUAUCGCUUUUGCGUUCAAAGUCAUUACCGAUUCCAUCAGAGGCAAACAAAUCUUCAUUAGGAUUUAUUCAGGAACAUUGAAUAGUGGCAAUACUGUUUACAAUUCUUCUACUGGUGAAAAGUUUAAACUGGGUAAAUUACUUGUACCUCAUGCAGGAACAUCCCAACCUGUAAAUGUUUUAAGGGCGGGACAAAUUGGAUUGCUAUCAGGAUCCACGGUUGAAAGUAACAUAUCCACAGGUGAUACAUUAAUAACUCAUUCAUUGAAAAAGGAUGGUUUGAAGUCGUUUAAUAAGAAAAAGGAACUAACGUUAAAAAUCAAUUCCAUCUUUAUCCCCCCACCAGUUUUUGGUGUUUCCAUUGAACCAAGGACUCUAAGCAACAAAAAGUCAAUGGAGGACGCUUUGAACACAUUAAUCACUGAAGAUCCCAGCCUGUCAAUUACUCAGAAUGAUGAGACAGGCCAAACGGUUUUGAAUGGCAUGGGCGAGUUGCACCUUGAAAUUGCCAAAGAAAGAUUAGUUAAUGACUUGAAAGCAGAUGUAGAAUUUGGAAAAUUGAUGGUCUCUUACAAAGAAACAAUUAAUUCGGAAACUAACGUGGAAUCUUACGAGAGCGAUAAUGGUUAUAAAUUCUCUCUAUCCGUGUUGCCAAAUACCAGCGCUAUUCCCAACUGCGUUACAUAUCCUUUAGGAAUCAACAAAAACUAUUUAAUAAUGGAAAAAAAUGCCAGGUGGGAUCAAGAAUGGAAGCUUCAAGUUUCUUUAGAAUCAAUUUUAAACUCCAUUAUGGCAAGUUGCAUUGUGGGACUACAAAGAGGUGGAAAGUUGGCAAACUUUCCAUUAUACGGAUGCUCUAUCAAAAUCAAGGGUGACUGGUCGGUGCCAUUGGAUAUCGAAACCCCGCAAGAAAUUUUAAAAAUUACUAGAAAUCUAAUUCUCAAAGCCCUGAGUGACUUACCACCUGAUAAAUACGCUCUUUUAGAACCUAUUAUGAGUCUGGAUUUAGCUAUUCCUCAAUCAGAUAUGGGUUCGGUGUUACAAGAUUUAACAGGAGCAAGGAAAGCUCAAAUUCUUUCAGUCGAAGAUGAAUCAAGUCCGAUACUCUCUGCUAUAUCCUCUCCUAAUUCUUCAGAGGGAAACGAUAGGAUUUACAUCCCCCCUGAUGUUAUUUCAACUUUGCAUGUAAGUAAAGAUAAAAAUCAAACACAAGACGUUAGUUCUAAUAUAAAGAAAAUUAUAAAGGCAAAAGUGCCACUAAGAGAAAUCACUGCGUAUACCAAUAAACUAAGAAGUCUAUCACAGGGGAGAGGCGAGUUUAAUAUUGAAUAUUUUGAUAUGGAGAAAGCGACUAACGAUCGUUUAGAGUCAAUACUUCACGACUAA